UCUGUCUCCCCUUCAGCUAGGUUUCCUCUCCGGGCGUCCCCCCUUUCCUCCUCCCCAGUCCCCCACCCACACACUUUUUGAUCCUGAGGGCGGCGUGAUGGCGCUGAGGGGUGUUUGGCAGCUGCAGAAGCUUGUGGUGAACUACUGCGAUUGGGGAGGGAGCAGCAGGGGAAUCAGGGCUUUUAUGGAGUCACAUCUUCCAGCUUUGAAGGAAAAGAAUCCCCAGUUAGAGGUAGUGACACAGCUUGUCCGUGGUCAGCAUCCUAACUUGAAGGGCAUUUACAAAAACCAUAACGAGAGAGUGGUUUGCGUCAGAAAUUUAGCACCUGAGGACAUCAUGUUGCAAGCUAGUAGGCUAAGGUGUUCUCUGGGCAGGAAAGUGGUGAAGCUGAGAACCAGACACGUGACGAAACGGCCAAGUGUCCAGGGGACAUGGACGACGGAACUGAAGAUGUGAGUCAAAGUUCCGAGACAGGCUGUUGCAGUGUUCCUGUUGAACUGUUUGAGAUCUAUGGCAAGAACACUGUGCUGCUAUUAGACCUACCUUUUGUCAGUAGUUACAGUUUCACUCUGUGCUCCUUUUGUUUUGUUUGAGACAUAAUAAUCUGAUAAUCACUCUAGUUACUAAGCUCCCGUGAAAUAGCGAGCUCUCA